CACUUGAUUGAUCAUGAGGAUUAUGACUGUAAAAUGGAAAAGACAUUUUCAAAAAAAACCGCCGUUCUCUUCGCUUGGCAUGACAAAUAAACAAUCGGACAGGUGGGGGUAUUUUGCUCCAAAAUUCCUUCACUACGUCAAAACUCCCUCCACUAAUUUUUUUUUAUCCUCCACAUACAUAAUAAACAGUUCCAUGUCGAUGAGUCGAGUCGACGAGUAUUCGAUUUAUUUGUUUGAGAUGAACAUGUGAAUCAGUCCUGGAGUUCGGGUCGAAAUUUUAACAGUUGUGAAAAAUUUUUUAGAUAAAUUUUAAGUGAAGUUAUUUAUUGUCGUUGCGCAAUGCCUAGUCGACUUGACGCUGUUUAUAGAAGACUUUUGUUGACUAAGUUUUUUACGAAGGGCUGGGGCAACCCGGAGAGCCUUCGGAGAAUAUUCGAAUUUAGAAAGGUCGUUGCAAAUCGUGAAGCAUGUUAUAAUCUAAUUCCUCGUGAUUAUCCAAUAACCAUAACUAAGGACGAGGAGUGGUCGGACUGUCACAUAAUUGAAGGCCGUUUCGAGUCUCCAUUUGAGCAUCACCUGCCCAACAUCAUGCCAGAAGAGACUAAAAAUUGUCAUUUUCAGCUGAUCCUCCCCCACAGAUGGUCCUCCCACAAAACAAAACCCGUUUGUUUACAUUUAGCCGGAACCGGCGAUCAUUACUUUUGGAGAAGAAGAAAUUUAAUAGCAAAACCUCUCCUGAAAGAGUGGGGAAUCGGAUCACUCCUAGUGGAAAAUCCUUUCUACGGCAUUAGAAAACCUGAGAAUCAAGUGCGGUCUAGCUUGCACAAUGUCUCGGAUAUUUUUAUCAUGGGCGGUGGUUUAAUGAUGGAAUGCAUUGUAUUACUCAAUUGGUGUGAGCAACAGGGAUUUGGACCGAUGGGUCUCACUGGCCUAUCAAUGGGUGGACAUAUGGCUUCGCUAGCUGCAACCAACUGGCCAAAACCAAUUCCAUUAAUUCCCUGCCUGUCCUGGUCAACUGCCUCACCUGUUUUCACUAAGGGAGUCAUGGCCGAGUCGAUAAACUGGUCUUUGCUUCAAUCGCAAUAUUUUUCAGAUGCGAUGUAUCAGAAUGAUCUUGCCAAGAUGGUGAAAAUAGUCGAUCAAGAUGAUGCAUUCCUGGCGGGACAGCAUUUUGCUCAACACUUUCCAGCGAGUAUAGCUAGAAUAAGAGAAUUGAAGAGUGAUAAGUCGAAUGAUAAUGGAAAAGAUAUCAUGAAUCGUACGAAAUUCGACGUGACAGAGCAGUCGGAUGCUGCUGAGAAGGCAGCAGCUAGAAUGUUUCCCUUGAGUCUUAUCUCCAGUCGAUUUGAACCCAGUGAUCCACAAGCAUUGAAAGAUGUGUGCAUGCUACCAGGGGAUAAAGAUUCUCAAGAUCCUAGCAGACGUGAGCAUGAAGCUCUCCAGUUUAUGCGUGGCAUAAUGGACGAGUGCACUCAUCUCCGGAAUUUUGAGGUGCCAGUGGACACUAAUUUGAUAAUUGCUGUUUGCGCUAAAGACGAUGCCUAUGUACCUCGUGACAAUUGCAUGAGUCUGGAGAAAAUUUGGCCGGGAGCAGAGAUCAGGUACAUCGAUGCUGGUCACGUCAGUGCUUAUUUGUUACACCAGAAAGUCUUCAGAUCGACAAUAGCCGAAGCCUUCGAUCGCUAUACGAAAAAAUAUCUAGUCAGCAGUUGACGUCGGCCUGUCACUCCGGAUAGUGUUAAUUUGAUAAUAAAAUCUAAUGAUUUUAAAUCACCUCUGAAUUAACUCUUGGCGAUGGGAGGCUAGUAUUUCACGCUUAAUCCUCUCGAGACUGCUUUGACCACCUGACGAAUCAAUACACCACGCUAAACAAUAAAUCUAAAAGAAAGUACCAGAAUUUUAAUAAUCACGAAUUAUGUACAAAUAUGUUAUAGAGAAUCUACAAGAGACUAAUUUUUGUAACUAUUUUAAUUGUUUUUGAUGAAUAUUAAUGUACAGGAGAGUAAUAAAAUCAAGAUAUUGAAUUUUAAAGCCUUAA